GGUUCCCCCUAGCUACGCCCCAGCUGGUGUACUUGUUGUCAGCAUAUCCUCCAGAGAGGCCAAGUACAAAGCACGAUUUGUGAAGCUUAUAAUUAUCUUUUAUUCUUCACGAUUUACAUAUUUCUCAAUCAAGUUGACUCUCUAAUGUGAGGCUUGCUCGUAUAACGGUUUAGGAUUUGGCUUUGCUUUGUACGCUCAGAGAGUCAGAGGUUAUCCAGGUGUGCUCCAGCCUCCAGGAACUUGCCGAUCUCUACCGACUCCUCAUCAUAAGGCAAUGUUUUCGUUCAAGAUUGUAGGAGGGCUUUACACGCAAAUUAUAUGGUACAGCCGGCUGUACCGUGCGCACGGUACAGCCGGACUUUUAGUUCGCGAAUUGUAGGCUUUCAUCGCAGACUUCCGUCAUCGCAGGGCUUCCAUCGCAGGCUCCCGUCAUCGCAGGGCUUCCAUCGCAGGCUUCCAUGGCCGAUCAUCCUUGCUCCGUUGCUCGCCGCCUACUAGCACCUCUCCCUUCGACAACUGCAACCCUUCUGCAGCUCUCCUUCAGCUUCGUCCUUAACUUCGCACGUUCUGUUCCUUUCUUUUCCUUUUUCUAUUUUUCUCACACUGAUUGUUUUAGUUUGGUGGUUUUUGGGUCAGGGAUACCUAGGUUGUACGUAAUUCUAAAGAUAUGAGCAUGCGCAAAUAAAAGUUUGAGCAUGGUGGUGAUUUUAAAUGAGCCUAAAAGAAAUGAGUAUACGCCUAAAAGAAAUGAACUCACACAAACUAAUAUUGAACACAUUGAAAAUGAGUUUCAUGUAAAAUUGAAAUGAGUAUAACACCAAAAAAUGAAUGAGCAUACUCAAAUGAGUUUUUUGAACGCUCAUUUUGUAAUUUAUGUAUACUCAUUUGAAAUUAGUACAAUACUCUUUUUAAAAUGUCAUAUUCAUGCAUAUUUUAAAAUGAGUUUUAAGUUAAAUUCAAAUGAGUAUUAUGUCCAAAAUGAAUGAACACAAAAAAAUGAUUUUUUAAUAUUUUGAUACUCAUUUUGUAAAUUAUGUAUGCUCAUUUGGUAUUGUUUUAUGCUCAUUUUAAAAUGAUGCACAUAUCAAAUAUACGCCCAAAAUCAAUGAGCAUACACAAAUAAAGUUUUGAAUUUUUUUUAUACUCAUUUUAUAAAUUAUGUAUGCUCAUUUGGUACUGUUUUAUGCUCAUUUUAAAAUGAUGCACAUAUCAAACAUAUCAUACUACAUUAGAUUCACAUAUUGAAAUUAAUUAUAAACAUAAUUUAAGAUUUUUAAUUUUUAUAAAUGAAAAAAUCAUAAAAAGAAAACGAAUUAGAAAAUAUGAAGCAGAGAUCACUGAUGCUCAUUGUUAGACUUUUAAUACUCAGAAGAACAGGCUCGAUGCUCAUCAAAAUUACAUCAAUGCUCAUUUACGAGAAACCACGAACUUCAUGAAAUUUACAAAACUGUCACCGGCUGUACGAUGCCAGCCGUACAGCCGGCUGUAUGGUAUACGCUUCCGACUUUACAUGGCAAUUGGUGGUUCUUUCCCAAAGUGUGGGAAGUUGCUUUGGUGUCCAUGUCAGCUUCCUCUGGUCAGAGUUUUUGUAUUCCUUCUUUUGGUUGCGUAGAGAAUGAUAGAGACACAAAGAUUAUCUUUUACCUCUACCAUGAACAAAGUGAGAAGAAGAACUUAGUAUUCACCCAUACUACAACAGCUCGUUUUCCUCCGGAAUCACCUCCGUGUCAAAAAGAAUUUUGUGAAAAAACUUUUUUCAAGUGCUAUUUUUUCUUUAGUAAUGCUUGUUUUUAUUUUAAUUCGAGUAGAUUUGGUUUAGAUAUCUAUAUAUUUGGAAUACUUUUGAUAGGUUGUAUUUCAGUUGAGGUUGUUUAAGGCUUAAAUAUGUUCGCUUCGUGUCUAGCGAGUCAGAUUGUUUUGUACGAGGUGACUGACUCUAUGUCUAUUCUUAGGGUUUACGAUCGAAUCUGUAAUAACUGUAUGUGGAUCGUCUUGUAUUCUUUCUCGAUAUUACUAUAAAGCCACUAUUUUAUACUAAAAAAGAAAAAUUUCUCAAUUAAUACAUACAAUUUCUGUAUACACAAAAAAAAUCUAUCUAGCAUAUGAUAUUGUUCAGCAACAAGGACUACACUUAUAGAAUUAAGUUGCCAUUUAAUAAGAGAGAACAUAGCCACAAAUUUA